GGGUGUGCAGGGAGGUAUUCUCUCGUUACUGACAAAGUUCAUUCCCUCCAGCCUUGCACUCAAAAUGCGUUUCAUCAUCCCAUCUCUACUCGCAUUCGUGCCACUGGCCUUUGCUCAAAUCAACGGCACAAACGGCAUCGGCAGCACUCCCCAGCAACGAAACUCCAUCUCCGCCCACCAAGCUCAGAAAAUCAUCAGCAGCGCUGUCGCCAACGCGACCGCUCUGAACGUCCCUCAAAACAUCGCCGUUGUCGACCCAUCGGGCUUACUCGUCGCCUUUCAGCGCAUGGACAACGCUUUCCCUGGCUCAAUCGAUAUUUCUCAGAGGAAGGCAAGGACAGCGGUGCUGUUUAAUGGAUUGGCUUCGGGAGAUUUGUAUGCUGCAGUCCAGCCUGGCGCGCCGCUUUACGGUCUUGAGAACAGCAACGGGGGACUGAUUGUGUUUGGUGGUGGUUAUCCAGUCUACCUCAAUGGCAAGUUGAUUGGAGGUGUUGGUGUUAGCGGCGGUACGGUCCCGCAGGACAUGGAGGUCGCACAGGCAGGAAUAUUGGGAAUUGGUGCCAACUUCACCCAGCCAUCGUGAAGUGAUCAAAGAAGUGGUCUGAAGGAAGGAGUUUCUUGUUAGUAUCCAGCACCAAUGUGCUACAAUAGUAAUUUGUAAACUCUCCAUUGUCAAUGCCAGAUCACACGUGGGGCAGUCGUUUAUCGAGGCUG